GCUCGCGGGGCCGCGCCAUGAGCUCAGACAGCAGCCGGCUGCUGGGGGCCCGGCGCCUGGGCUACGGGACGCUGCAGCCGGACACGGACCCGGCCCACAUGGAGGUGACGGGUUACCAGCGCAGGACGUGGCGGGUGCUGCUGUGCCACGCGGGCUCCGUGCUGAGCGCGGGGCUGCUCCUGCUGCUCUUCCACUGGAAGCCCAGCCUGGAGGUGCAGGCCAAGUGCCAGCCCUGCGCCCUGGGCCAGGCAGACUGGGUCAUCAUCAGGGACCGUUUCGGGCAGUGCUUCACCACCAAAGUGCUGACGGAGCCGCUGGGCGAGGCCGGCAGCCUGGAGCAGCACCCCGGGGCCCAGCCGGACCGCAGGAGCAGCAUCGCCGUGGCGGUGCCGGACGAGGAGGAGAGCCGUGACACCGUGCGGCUGCACGACAAGGACGAGCAGAAGAACCUCCUGAGGUAUUACCUGUUCCAGGGAAUGCGCUACGUGUGGCUGGAGCGGCGGCAGGCCUUCUGCAGAGUCAGCGUCCUGGACGAGGGCUGGACCUGCGCAGAGCUGCACCUGUGCCGGGCCGGGCUGGAUCGGCAGGAGCACGGCGCCAGGGAUAAAAUUCCCUCGCUGUCCUUCCCCCCCUACAGGAGGAAGAUCUACGGCCCCAACCUCAUCGAGGUGCCCGUCAAGUCCUACACCAGGCUCCUGGUGGAGGAGGUGCUCAACCCCUUCUACCUGUUCCAAGUGCUCAGCAUGGUGCUGUGGGUGUGCGAUGCCUAUUACUACUACGCCGCCUGCAUCUUCCUCAUCUCCACCUUCUCGCUGGGGCUGUCCCUCUACGAGACGCGCAAGCAAAGCACCACGCUGCGGAACAUGGCCAGGAUGUCCGUGGGGGUCCAGGUCCGGCGGCCCGGAGGAGAGGAGCUGGUGGUCAGCUCGGCGGAGCUGGUGCCCGGGGACUGCAUCCGGCUGCCGGCGGCCGGGGCGCUGCUGCCCUGCGACGCCGCGCUGCUGACGGGCGAGUGCAUGGUCAACGAGAGCCUGCUGACCGGGGAGAGUGUGCCGGUGAUGAAGACGCCGCUGCCGGCGGGCGGAGCCGCGUACUGCCCCGAGGAGCACCGGCGGCACACGCUGUUCUGCGGGACACAGGUCAUCCAGGCCAAGGCCUACGUGGGCGGGGAGGUGCUGGCCGUGGUCACCCGCACAGGGUUCUGCACGGCCAAGGGGGACCUCAUCAGCUCCAUCCUCUACCCCAAACCCGUGAGCUUCAAGUUCUACAAGGACGCCGUGAAGUUCGUGCUGUUCCUCGCCAUCCUGGCUCUCAUCGGCACCUUGUACAGCAUCCUCAUCCUGGUUAGGAACCAGGUCCCCGUGGGACAAAUCAUCAUCCGCGCCCUGGACCUGGUCACCGUCAUCGUGCCGCCGGCGCUGCCAGCCGCCAUGACCGUGGGCACCAUCUACGCCCAGAACCGGCUGAAAAAACAGGGAAUCUUCUGCAUCAGCCCCCCGCGGAUCAACCUGUGCGGGAAGAUCCGCCUGGUGUGCUUCGACAAGACCGGGACGCUGACCCAGGAGGGGCUGGACGUGUGGGGCGUGGUGCCCCUGGAGCAGCAGCGCUUCCUGCCCAUCGUGCACGAGCCCCGCUGCCUGCCCGCCGGCGCCCUGCUCUACGCCCUGGCCACCUGCCACGCGGUGUCACCGCUACAGGGACAGCUCAUCGGGGACCCCGUGGACAUCAAAAUGCUGGAAUCCACCGGCUGGCGCCUGGAGAUGAUGGAGGAGGAGGAGGAAGGGGAGCUCCCGGCAGCGUUCCAGCAGUUCGAGAUGAAGGUCUUGGCUGUGGUGAAACCUCCACCAGAGGAGGAGCAGCCUCGGGACAGGAGGCACCAGGCCCCACUGGGGAUCCUGCGGCGUUUCCCGUUCUCCUCCUCCCUCCAGAGGAUGAGCGUCCUGGUCAAGCUACCUGGAGAGGCCUCGGCCCACGCCUACGUCAAGGGCGCCCCGGAGAUGGUGGCCAGUCUGUGCAGGAAGGAAACUGUGCCCCCGGAUUUCUCCCAGAUGCUCCGGCACUACACCACCGACGGGUUCCGGGUCCUGGCUCUGGCCUGCAAAGCCCUGGGCACGGUGGCCACCUUUGAGGAGGCCCUGCAGCUCCCCAGGGACUCUGUGGAGAGCGGCCUGAACUUCCUGGGGUUCCUGGUCAUGAAGAACGUCCUGAAGCCAGAGUCUGCCCCGGUGAUCCAGCUGCUGAGGAGCGCCAACAUCCGCCCCGUCAUGGUGACAGGGGACAACAUGCUGACAGCCAUGAACGUGGCGCGGGGGUGCCGCAUGGUGGAGCCCAGGGAGGGCGUGAUCUUCGUCACGGCCUCGCCGCCCGGCCACGACAAACCCGCCGCCCUCAAGUUCGUCCUGGCUGAGCAUUCCCAGGGCGAGGAGCAGCCCGAGGGCCUGCAGCAGCAGGACGGCUCCUCCCUCCCACCCCGGCACUGCCACUUCGCCCUCAACGGGAAAUCCUUCCAGGUGGUCUGUGAGCACUUCUCCGAGCUGCUGCCCAGGAUCCUGCUCCGGGCCACCGUGUUCGCGCGCAUGCUGCCCGAGCAGAAGACCCAGCUGGUGUGCAGCCUGCAGGAGCUCAACUACUGCGUGGGGAUGUGCGGGGACGGUGCCAACGACUGCGGGGCGCUGCGGGCGGCCGACGUCGGCAUCUCGCUGUCCGAGGCCGAGGCGUCGGUGGCCUCGCCCUUCACGUCCCGUGUGGCCACCAUCGAGUGCGUGCCCAGGGUCAUCCGGGAGGGCCGGUGCUCCUUGGUCACCUCCUUCGGGGUCUUCAAGUACAUGGCCCUGUACAGCCUGGUCCAGUUCGUGUCCGUGCUCCUGCUCUACACCAUCAACACCAACCUGAGUGAUUUCCAGUUCCUGUUCUUCGACCUGGUGAUCACCACCACGGUGGCCGUGCUGAUGGGGCGCACGGGGCCGGCGCUGGCGCUGGGCGUGCGGCGGCCGCAGGGAGCCCUGAUCAGCGGGCUGGUGCUGGGCAGCCUCCUGCUGCAGACAGCCCUGCUCAUCACCGUGCAGGUCCUCAGCUACUUCAUCACCGUCUCACAGAGCUGGUACGUCCCCCUGAACAGCACGGUGACAGCGCCCCAGAACCUGCCCAACUACGAGAACACCGUCCUGUUCUGCGUCACCGGCUUCCAGUACCUCAUCCUGGCCGUGGCCAUGUCCAAGGGCUACCCCUUCCGGGAGCCGCUCUACACCAACGACCGCCCUGGAUCACGGCUUGCUCGGCUGCUUCCGAAGGCUGCGCCGGAAAAAGGCCUCCAAGAAGCUUUUCAAGAGGCUGGAGAAGGAGCUGAGCCAGCAGCAGCCGGCCUGGCCACCCCUGGACCAGCCCCUGUUUGCCACACCCAGAAUGUCCCUGGCCGUGAGAUAGCAGUGCCAGCUGUGCCUCUGCCCCAGCCCUCGGACACCUCCUUAAUUUAUUUAUCCCGGAAAAAGCAGGGAUGCGGCUGGCGGGAUCCCUCAGCAUCGCAGAUGUGAAUCCCAUGGCCAUGCUGAUCCCACGGCCACGGUGAUCCUGUGGCCACACUGAUCCCACAGCCAUGGUGGUCACAUGGCCACACUGAUCCCACGGCCACCCUGAUCCCACAGCCACCCUGAUCCCACGGCCACCCUGAUCCCACGGCCACCCUGAUCCCACGGCCACAAUGAUCCCACGGCCACCCUGAUCCCACAGCCACAAUGAUCCCACGGCCACCCUGAUCCCACAGCCACAAUGAGCCCACAGCCACAAUGAGCCUAUGGCCACCCUGAUCCCAUGGCCACCCUGAUCCCGUGGCCACAGCCCAGAGGAGCAGGAGGUGGAGGAGGAACGGGCGAGAAGAUCCAGAGGAGGAGAAGGAUCCGGCACAGCUCUUCCUGCAGGACUCCACCCACUCCCAUGCUGGCCACCGGGGCCGUUUGAGCCUCUCGUGGCCAGCCCAGGCCACCAGGAAGGGGGUCCCUGAUGUCCCCAGCGCCCCCAGCUGUGACACUGUGAAGCCCCAGUCCCCUCUAGAUGUGUAGGGAGUUUACAGUCCCCGUUCCCAGCUUGCCAAGGCUGCUGCUCCAUCCCCAGCGCCCAGGCCCCUUCUCCGCUUGGAAUGCUCGGGCAGAGCACCUCUGCUUGGGGUUGGGACCUCUGUAGCGUUACAGACCCCACAAAUUCUCUAUUUUUUAACUCUUUCCCCGUCGGGAAGGCGAUGGCGCCGCUCCCGGGUUCCGGACGGGGCUGUCACGGGUCUUGUCCAAUAAAUUAACACUUAUUUUCUUG